AUGAAAGCUCUUUCUAGAAGGUUAUUGAAAACUGUAUCUAUGCUAAUAAUCUUCGUCUUCCUGGUCUUGCUUCAUAUUGCUCUAGUCAGAGCAGAUAUAUCAGAUAAUUUAACAGUUCAUAGGGAGCUCAAAGGACACUGGCCCUUAUAUGAUUGUCCGCAAUGUAUUGGUACAAAGGAACAAGUCCACAUAAAAUCUGCUGCUGGAGUAGGCAAUCAUCCUGAUGACCAGGGCAUUGACAUACUUGUGACAUACACCGACUCUUCUGGUGCUGUUCGAAUUAUGAAUGUGAAGUCCAGGGACUUAUCUGCUUCCUGGGUCUGGCAAAAUCCUAUUGAUAAAAAACAUGAUCAGACAAAAAGUUCCACGAUGCCAGAAGAUCCAUCUCAGCCUGAUAUGAGUUUUGAGGUCGAGGAUUCUACAGAUGAGCAUCAAUCUGGAGGUGACAUGCUGCAUUCACAAAUAUCUCCAAUGCACCCAGUGAAGCUCAAGCGCAGGAUGUUACGCCAGGAGAGGAGGGACCGCCGAACUGCAGAGCUAAUCCGGCAAGACAAAAAGAUUGAAAGCCAGAUGCAAGCAGCAGCCAUUGAACGAGUACAAGAGCUUGACACUACUGUCAAGGGCAAAUAUAAUAUAUGGAGGAUAGAAUAUGAAAACCCCGUGUCUGAUACUAUCUUGAAACUUAUGCACGAUCAGAUUAUCAUGGCAAGGGCUUAUGCUAGCAUUGCAACUGCUAAGAAUCAUUCUGUGCUAUAUGAUUCUCUGCUAAAACAUGCUAGAGAAAAUCAAAGAGCGAUCGAAGAAGCAACUUCUGAUGCUGAACUUCAGCCAAGUGCGCUUGAUCGAGCAAAAGAAAUGGGUCACAUUCUUUCUGUAGCUAAGGACCAAUUAUAUGACUGUCUUACAGUAGCACGGAAGUUAAGGGCCAUGCUUCAGUCAACAGAAGUGAACGUGGAUGCACUGAAGAAAAAGAGUGCAUUCUUGAUACAGCUAGCUGCAAAAACACUCCCCAGGCCAUUGUAUUGUCUUCCUUUACUACUCACAACAGAUUAUUUCCUACAGGGUUAUGAAAACAAGGGAUUUCCUAACAAAGAAAAACUUGAAGAUCCUUCUCUGUACCACUACGCUAUCUUUUCUGAUAAUGUACUGGCAACAUCUGUUGUUGUAAAUUCAACAGUGCUGCAUGCAAAGGAGCCUGAAAAGCAUGUUUUUCAUAUUGUAACAGAUAAGUUAAACUUUGCAGCAAUGAAGAUGUGGUUUCUUGCCAACCCUCCUGCAAGCGCAGCAAUCCAAGUUGAGAAUGUAGAUGAUUUCACAUGGCUCAAUUCUUCUUACUGUCCUGUUCUACGUCAGCUUGAAUCUGCCCGAAUGAAAGAAUAUUAUUUUAAGGCACAUCAAGCGUCUUCCCUCACUGCUGGGACUGACAAUCUCAAGUAUAGGAACCCAAAAUAUUUGUCCAUGCUGAAUCAUCUUAGAUUCUAUCUGCCUGAAGUAUACCCAAAACUGGACAAAAUCCUGUUUCUGGAUGAUGACAUUGUAGUUCAAAAGGAUCUGACACCUCUUUGGUCUGUUAAUCUGCAAGGGAUGGUGAAUGGUGCAGUGGAAACUUGCAAGGAGAGCUUCCACAGGUUUGAUAAGUAUCUGAACUUCUCCAAUCCGAAGAUCUCUGAGAAAUUUGAUCCAAAUGCUUGUGGUUGGGCAUUUGGCAUGAAUAUUUUUGAUUUGAAUGAGUGGAGGAAGCAGGACAUUACUGGAAUAUAUCAUAGGUGGCAAGAUAUGAAUGUAGACAGAACUCUUUGGAAACUUGGUACGCUACCUCCAGGACUGAUUACUUUCUACAACCUGACCUAUCCACUGGAUCGGAGCUGGCAUGUGUUGGGACUUGGCUAUGAUCCAGCCCUUAAUCAAUCAGCCAUAGAGAAUGCAGCCGUGGUCCAUUACAAUGGAAACUACAAACCGUGGUUGAAUCUUGCUAUCGCCAAGUACAAAUCAUAUUGGUCUAGAUUUUUAAUGUUUGAUAACCCACAUCUUCAACUAUGCAAAAUUAACGAAGUGGGAGGUUUCCUAGCAAAUGCGGAGAAAGGUUGCCUCUUCCAGCUUGAACUGCUAAAGUGUGAGCAGCCAUUUGUUUAUGUUGGGUCCUCCUCUCAGCCUGGAACUGAAGUGGAGAAUCUGCUGUGCAUGGUGCGAAUAUCCUGUUCUGUUGUAUUGAUGCUCUAUAUCCCUUAUCGUAGUUUCAGGGUCCUUGCGUUGAUGAGCCCCAUCACAGUUGAUCUUUACCCAUUCCUUAAGUGGUGGUUGCCAUUUGGUGUCUGCAAUUGCCGAGUUUUCUCCUCGAGGCAGCUUCACUUUACUAUGAAGGAAUUCUUCUGUUUUUCCAUUAAGGCUCAUGAAGAACAGUAUUGUGGUCAGGUUAGUCAUGAGCUUGGAGGACUUCAUCCUCUUGAACCAAGUCCUUGCAUUUGUUCCCUGGCAAUGCGUUUCUCGAUCAUCUCAAAAUUCCCCAACAAUUGGUUUUCAAUAAUCAAAGGGUCAUCAUCAUCUGCUGGGAAAUGGCAAGAGGUUUUCUCCCACUACCACGAAAUGCGGAAAGCAGGAGUUAAACUGACAGACCCUUCAUCUUUCUCUCUCAUCUUCAAAGCGUGUAUAAACCUCUCCUCCUUCAGCCUCGGAAAGUCCAUUCAUGCAUCUUUGAUUAAGGACGGCUUCGACUCAUUCACUUCUAUUGGGAAUUCCAUCAUGGACUUUUAUGCAAAAUCAGGAGCCUUGGAUUCUGCUCUCUGUGCUUUUGAUUGCAUGAUCUGCAGAGAUUCAGUUUCAUGGAACAUAAUGAUUCAUGGGCACCUUGAUCAAGGAGCUUUCAAAGGAGGGGUGUGGUUUUUUAAGGAAGCUCGGAUCACGGGAUUCGAACCCAACAUUUCUACCUUGGUGCUUGUGAUUCAGGCUUGCCGCAAUCUGAGUGCUGUCCACGAUGGACUGAAAAUACAUGGUUAUACAAUCCAAAGUGGCUUUUGGACUGUUUCUUCAGUCCAGAACUCUCUGCUGAGUAUGUAUGCAGAUACCGGAAUGGAGCUUGCUCACAAGCUUUUUGAUGAAAUGUGUGACAGGGAUGUGAUCUCUUGGAGUGUGAUGAUAGGUGGCUAUGUGCAAAGCGAGGAAGCUCAACUUGCUUUGGUGUUUUUUCAGGAGAUGGUAUCAAAGGCUGAAAUUGAAGCAGACGGCCAAACAAUGGUAAAUGCACUCAAGGCCUGCACUAGUUUAGGGGACCUUCGCUUUGGAAUAUUGGUCCAUGGAUUUGUAAUCUGUAGAGGUUUUGGUUACGAUUUAUUUGUAGGGAACUCUUUAGUUGAUAUGUAUUCCAAGUGUAAUGACACUGAUUCCGCCUUCAAAGCAUUCAGUGAGAUGCCCCAAAGGAAUGUUGUCUCGUGGAAUUCUCUAUUAUCUGGAUUUGUCCACACUGAGAAGCAUUCUGAAGCUCUUAUGCUGUUUGAUUCGAUGGGCAAGGCAGGAAUCGUGGCUGAUGAGGUGACUCUCGUGAAUCUUCUUCAAGUAUGCAAGUAUUAUGCAGACCCAUUUCAGUGCAAGCUCAUCCAUUCUGUGAUAAUCCAGCGAGGUUGCGAAUCAAAUGAAGUAAUGAUAAAUGCUUUAGUUGAUGCGUAUGCUAAGUGUGAUCUUAUCAAUUUUGCGUGGAGAUUAUUCAGUCAGAUGAAGACACGAGAUACGGUUACUUGGAGCACAAUGAUUGCUGGGUUCACCCAUUGUGGUAUGCCUGAUGAGGCAAUCACACUCUUUCAUGAGAUGAACUGGGCACAACAAAAGCCCAACGCCAUUACCGUGUUAAAUCUUCUUGAGGCUUGCUCCAUUUCGGCUGAUCUGAAAAGAUCGAAGUGGGCCCAUGGUAUUGCACUUCGAAGAGGAUGGGCAUCAGAAGUAGCAGUUGGAACUGCAAUUCUAGAUAUGUACUCCAAAUGUGGGGCAAUAGAAGCCUCGAGAAAGGCCUUUGAUCAAAUUACCCAGAAAAACAUCGUGUCUUGGAGUGCCAUGAUUGCAGCAUAUGGUGUGAAUGGGCUUGCCUGUGAUGCUCUAGCUUUGCUUGCCGAAAUGAAAGUGCAUGGUCUGAAGCCAAAUGCGGUAACAACUCUCUCGGUGUUAUCUGCAUGUAGCCACAGGGGCUUAGUUGAGGAGGGACUUGCUUUCAUCAGAGAGUUGGCUCAGGAUCAGCUGGUUGAUCUGAGGUUAGAGCACUUGUCGUGCAUGGUGGACUUACUGGGUCGGGCAGGAAGGCUUGAUAGCGCAUUGGAGUUGUUAGAGAAGAUGCCUGAUGGAUUGAAGCCUAGUGCCAGCGCCUGGGGGGCACUCUUGAGUGCUUGCAGGAGCUAUGGUGACAGCAAGCUUGGUGCAGGAGCUGUUUCUCAUGUUGUUGAAUUGGAGCCAUCAAGCUCUGCAGGGUAUUUGCUUGCAUCAAAUAUGCAUGCGAUGGGGGGGUCAUGGGCUGAUGCCGCAAGGCUGAGAGGGUUGGCAAAGGAGAGAAGGGUGGGAGUUGUGGCUGGUUACAGUUUGGUGCAUGUUAAUAAUAAAGCAUGUCGAUUUGUGGCUGGAGAUAAGCAAGAGGCAUUGUCAGAUGAGAUAUGCCUUUUUAUUGAGCAGCUGCACAUGUGCAUGAAGUUGGAGGAAAAACGAUGAAACUGCUUGUGAAUUAGUUAUUAACACCACAUUGGGC